AUGGAUUUAUCUUUCCUCCAGCCCGGUUUCUCCAUUGAUUUUCCCUCGAAGGAACACGCGUUUAAGUCACCGCUAGCUUCUAAAUUAUUCAAGAUUCAAGGGGUCGAGGCAGUUUUCAUCUCGGAUGAGUAUAUUACGGUGCGAAAGACCCCGGACGUGGAGUGGGAUUCCCUCAUUCCACAUAUUCAGAACGCCAUCAUCGAAUUCUCUAAUAGCGGGGAGGAGACGCUCUCUGAGGAGGGCGAGAACUGCUUAACCGGCUACAACGACGACACGGAGCCCAGCGACGACGACGACGAGGUGGUGCUGGCGGUGAAGGAGCUCCUGGCGACGCGUAUCCGUCCGAUGCUGCGCGCGGAUGGUGGGAAUGUGCGCUAUAUUGACAUGGAUGACGGGACCGUGUAUUUGCUUCUAGAGGGCGCGUGCAAGGCGUGCCCUUCGUCUCAUUUAACACUAAAAGGCGGUAUUGAGCGGAUGUUGAUGCACUGGAUUCCCGAGGUGGUGGAGACUCAAGAAGUGAGUGAUGAAGUAGCUGAGGAUAUUCUUUCCGAGAAGCGUCUUCGAAAGAAAUUGAAGGAAAGUAAUGGCGUAGUGAAUGCUCAGUAG